AUGGAAGUCCUGGCCCCCGUUCCUCGAGACUCCCCAAGACCCGCACGGCCCGGGAAUGCGUCUUGGUUGAAAGAUGCAAGUUUGAUGACUGUUUCUGAAGAGAUUCUGGAGCUCUGUAGAUUCUGUAGCGGCGUGAUAGAGCGAAGAUGGAGGAGGGAGGGAGGGAGGGAGAGCGGUAAAAUUUUCGAUUCUGGCCCGUUCUGGCGAGAAUUCUUGCAACGCAAGCCUGCAGCCAGACAACAAGAAGGGCUCCUGGGAAUUCAGUACUUGAAAAGCCCAGAGGGCUUUUUCGCCUUCGUUCAAGCUACGAAGCAAAAGUGUGAUGCCCUGGUUGCUAAAACCUUGGCGGCGACAAGCUUGGACGAAUAUAGGGCUAUGGCACGAGAUAUGGACAGACUGAGCGAUCUCCUGUGUCGAGUGAUUGAUGUGUCAGAUUUCAUGAGAGUCUUUCACCAAGAUGCUGCCAUCAUCAAGGCUGCCACGCAAGCCUACGAGCAUAUGUUUGAAUACAUGAACGUGCUCAACACCACCGCAGGAUUGAAUGAACAACUCAAGAAAGCUCUUCGCAUGCCCGAGGUCAGAUCGGGCACCUAG